AUGGCGUCCUCCGUCUUCUUCAAGUUCAAGUCUCAAAAAGAGCCGACGCGAGUCGAGUUCGAUGGCACUGGUAUUUCUGUGUUCGAACUAAAGCGCGAUAUUAUCUUGAAAAGCGGUCUAGGUGAUGGUACCGACUUUGACCUGGCUAUUUACUCAGAAGACGGUAGUGAAGAAUAUGAUGAUGAUACGACAAUUAUCCCCCGAUCCACGACCGUUGUCGCCCGCCGCCUACCGGCCGCGAAGCCUGGAGCCGGCCGUGGCGCUAGAUAUGUCUCUGGCAAGAUGCCCGUUGCCGCGAAAAACUCGUCUCGAAAGGAGCAGACAACGAAGUUGGCCACCGUUAAGGCAGCAUCAAAUGCCAUUAAUCAGAUGAACAACGCCAUGACGGAGGAAGAGAAAAUGGCGGCCAUGUUCCAGGCCCAAACUGAGUCUUGGUCUGCUCAACAAGAGGAAAUGUCUCAUCAAACCCCUGUCUUCAAGCCGGGAUCCAAGAAGCCAGCGAAUGUGCCUGAUCAUGACCCUCCUAAUGGAUAUAUUUGCUAUCGUUGCGGGGAGAAGGGUCACUGGAUCCAGUUGUGCCCGACCAACGAUGACCCAGAGUUUGAUAAUCGUCCCCGUGUAAAGCGUACUACUGGUAUCCCAAGGUCAUUCUUGCGUACUGUCGAUAAGUCGGUCGCUCUGGCUCAAAGUGGCGAUGACGAGACCAAGAGACCAUCGGGCAUCAUGGUCAACGCAGAGGGAGAGUUCGUUAUCGCUGAACCUGAUCAGGCGUCGUGGGAACAGUUCCAAGCUAAGGCUAAGUCUUCAGCCUCCGCUGCCAAGGCAAUUGCUAUGGGAGACAAGGAGUUGCAGGAGAAGGGACUGGAAUGCCCCAUCGACAAGAAGAUGUUCAUAGACCCAAUGAAGACCCCGUGCUGCCAGAAGACGUAUUGCAAUGAUUGCAUCACAAAUGCUCUCAUCGAAUCGGACUUCGUCUGCCCUAACUGCUCUAACGAGGGUGUUCUAAUCGACGACCUUAAAGCUGAUGAAGAGUCCGCCGACAAGAUCAAAGAGUACCUUAAGGAGAAGACUGAGGCCAAGAGCCCCAGCGCAACCGCAGCUUCACCAUCUCGAGCCUCCUCCCCUAAGGAGAAGGCCGAGGACGUAAAGGCGGAAGCAGCUGACGGGACCGCUCAGUCACCGACACCCCAGAAGUCACCUUCAACCACAGUAGCAACCGCUGCUGCUGCUCCAACGACAGAUGGCACCCCUAAAUCCACAUCAGCAACACCCGCAGCCGCUCCAGCAAAGCCUGUUGAUCGCGCCGGAUCUGAGGAAUCUAGCUCUAAAAAGCGCCCUGCCGAUGAGUUAAUGGAGAAUCCCAAGAUCCCCAAGGCCCCAAAGGCGAUGCAGAAGCAACAAGAACAACAGCAAGCAAUGAUGAACGGCAUGAACGGUAUGGGUAAUAUGCCCAUGAACCCCAUGAUGGGAUUUGGCAAUAUGAACAUGAUGAACGGCUUCAUGGGCAUGCCGAACAUGGGCAACAUGGGCGGCAACAUGAACAACAUGAAUAAUAUGAACAUGGGUAUGCCCAUGAUGGGCAUGAUGAACCCCAUGAUGGGCAUGCCCGGAUUUAACCCCAUGAAUGGGGGCGGUUUUGACAUGGGCAACAACAUGUAUGGCGGCAACUUUGGUGGCAACAUGAACGGCAUGAACGGCAUGAACACCAUGAAUGGCAUGAACGGCAUGAAUGGUGGAAUGAAUGGAGGUGGCGUGGCUGGCAUGGCCGGCGGCUUCAACCAACAACAACGCCAUAACUUUACCCAACCAAACAACGAGGAUGACGCCUAUUUCCGGAGGCCAGUCAACCCCCAUCGUCACCAAAACCGCCAGCGACGUGUGCGGCCCAGCGACUACAGGGAGCUGUGA